AUGUCUUCGAUGUUGAGCGUCGGCGUCCUCUUCGACUUUGACGGCACGCUGGGCGACACCGAGGCGCCGGCGAUGGACGUCGCCUUUUGGGAGCUCGCGCCCUUCAUGCCGUCGCUCGAGCGGCUCGCCACGGACCCGGCGGGGCUCGACGCAGCCCGGGACGCUUUUGUGGUGGAGAAUGCCGGCAAGGCCUUCGAGUUCAUGCUCGAAAAGGUGGACGCGGAGCGCGCAGCGUCCGGCGGGCUGCUGCCGAUCGAGCAGGCCUGGGCGCGCGACCUGGCGGCGUGCGCGCUCACAGCCUCGCCGCUCGCAGCGGCGGUGGACACGCAGCGCGCAAAGCUGGGGCUGAAGACGCUCGCCGACAUCUUCUCCGCCAGCGCGGCGGAGCCGACCCUGCUCGCGCAGCAAAAGGCCGACACCAACGCGCGGCUCGCGAUCGCAGCCACCCCGACGCCGAACACGCCCGCCGCACUCGAGGCGCUGGUCAAGGCGACCUGCGCCGUGCCGCCGGCCAGCGUGCCCUUUGUGAUCGCCACCACCUCCGGCAAGCCGCGCGUGCCAAUCUGCGUCGACGCGUGCGGCUUCCGGGCGCACUUUCCGUCCGACGACGCAAACAUCCACUCGGGCGAGUCGGACUUCGACCCGCCGCGCUUCAAGCCGGCGCUCGAAGCCUCGCCCCGCCUCCCCAGGGCCCUGUCCGGCGGGUCAUGCUUUCCCGCGGAGCCCGCCCUCUCCCACCUCCCCGCCGCGCGCACCCUGCUGCCGGCCCGCCUCUGCCGCCCCGCCUCUGCCGCCCCGCCUCUGCCGCCGCCUCUGCCGCCCCACCCUCUGCUGCCGGCUCGCCAGGCGCCGGACGUGUACCUGCGAGCCGCCUCGUACGUCGGCGGAGGAGGGGGUUUGCCUCCGGCCCGGUGCGUUGCGGUGGAGGACUCUGCGAGCGGGGUCGGCUCCGCCGCCAAUGCGAAGAUCGGCCUGAUCGUCGGCUACGUCGGCGCAUCCCACAUCACCGACAAGGAAGCCGGCCGAGGUCUCGAGGACGGGCACGCGCGGAUGCUGAUGCGCGGGCACGACCGGCCGAGGCGGCUGCGGGACGGGGAGCGGUCCGAGGACGGGCGCGGAGCCGACGUCGUGCUUGCGGACAUGGCGGACUUGCCGGCCGUGGUUGCGGCGUUCGGCACGGGCGGCGGCGCGGCGGUGCGAGGCGCGUCGUGGGUGCGCCUCCCGAGCUGCAGCAGCUAG